AUGAAGAGAAGGACUGUAGCAGCAUGUGACAGAAGCAACACUACAGCAGCAUGCAUGGGUGACAUCAAGGAUGUGAGAGCCAUGAUAUGUCAGAGUGCAAAGGUGAGAAAGGUAUCACCUCCACUUGUACUACUACUGGUGGACACAACUGUACCAGCAUCCAUUGCAAAACUACCUGAAGUUGAUGGUGCAGGUACGGCAGAUGGUGUGGAGGUGACUGUGGCAGGCUGGGACCCAGAUGUAAGAGGUUCUUCUGGUGGUGGUUGUGGUGGUAGCACUGCUGUUGACACCUGUGCAAAGGCUGCCAAAUAUCUCACAAAAUGUGACUUCAAUAACAAUUACCAACCAUUUUGUGACUGGGUUCAGCCCUGCGAUGGAGAUGAUGGUGACUGGAUAAGAACUAAGCAUGCUACUCCAACACCAGAGACAGGGCCGAUUGGUGAUUACCCAGGAGGAAAUGGCUAUUUUAUUUACCAGGAAGCCAGUAAUUUCAUACCACUCGGAACAAACAGGUUGGAAAGUCCAUCACUUGGUGUGUUGGGAGACAUAUGUAUUGAGUUUUGGUAUCACAUGCUUGGCUCUGAAAACCACAAUAAGCUGAAAGUUAUCAUUAAAGAUAAUGCAACAGAAGCAGUGAUCUGGUCCAGAACUGGGAAUCAGAGUUCUUUCUGGCUUAAUGCUUCAGUGCCUGUAACAAUUUCUGUGGAAAAACAUAUAAAGGUCAUAUUUGAGGCUGUUCGUGGAUGGACAGAAUAUGGUGACACAGCAGUUGACAAUGUUGCAGUACAAAAAGGUCCAUGUGAAUCUACCUGCAGUGUGCACAGUGACCCCCAUUAUCGUACCUUUGACGGACAGCCCCAUACCUUCAUGGGAACCUGCACCUACACAUUAUCCAAGCUCUGUGAUGUCAACAGCACUCUGCCUUACUUUAAUGUCGAAGCUGCUAAUGAAAACAGAGGGGGUAAUACCCAUGUAUCGUAUGUCAAGUCUGUCACUGUCGAUGUCUACAGCUACAGAAUUAUACUGGAGAAAAAUAAGGUGGUAAAGGUAAAUGGGAUUGCACAGCUAAUACCACUGCCUCUGACGCCAGAUGUAACUAUCACACAAAGUGGGCAAUAUGCCAUGGUCAUGACUAGUUUUGGAUUAAGAGUAAAAUAUGAUGGUAACCAAAGAGCUGAGGUAACCCUGCCUAGUACAUUUCAAGGGAAAGUCUGUGGAAUGUGUGGCAACUACAAUAGUAUAAGAAAUGAUGAUUUCUUAAAUCCAGAUGGAAAACCAGAACCGGAUUCUGUAAGCUUGGGUAACAGCUGGCAGGUUUACAAUGAUACAAGCUGUACGCCAGGCCAUGUCCACAAUCCCAACUGUACUGUGAGUGAACAGCAAAUAAUUGAAAGCAACAGUUACUGUGGGAUUAUCACAGACACUAAUGGACCAUUCAGGCAGUGUCACUCUGUCAUUGACCCAAAGGAUUACUUUGAUGACUGUGCCUAUGACCUUUGUGAACUUAACAUGGACACUGGUGCUCUGUGCAGUAACCUUCAGGCUUAUGCUGAUGCUUGUCAGUCAGAAGGAGUCACCAUUAGACCAUGGAGGAAUGAAACCUUUUGUGCCACAUCAUGUAUUACAUCUUUUAAAACUGUUAGAGAAUCAAAGACACAGUUCACUUCUGGCUGUCAUCUCUGUGGCACGGUUUUGCCAUGUAAACCAAACACCCACUAUCAACAGUGUGGUCCUGCCUGUCCAGCUACAUGCACGAAUCCCAAUGCCCCAUCCUCCUGCAGUUUGCCUUGUGUUGAAGAUUGUGUAUGUGACAGUGGAUAUCUGCUCUACCAUGACCGAUGUGUACCCAGCACUCAGUGUGGUUGUUGGCAGGAUGGAAAGCAUUAUCCUGUGGGAUCAGAGUUCUGGACGGAUGACAGCUGCUCAACCAAAUGUAGCUGUCCUUCAAGAGGAAGUCAACUAGUAUGUGUAAAUGCUUCAUGUCCAAAGGAUCACUACUGUGGCAUCAACAAUGGAGUUCCAGGUUGUUAUCCUCACACCUACGGCAUCUGCAGAGUUCACAAUGAUCCCCACUACAAUACUUUUGAUAAAGAAACUCAUCACUUCAUGGGCACCUGCACAUAUACAGUGGCUAAAGUUUGUGCAAAUACCACCUCUUUACCAUAUUUCAAUAUUGAAACUAAAAAUGAACAUCGAGGAAACCCUUCUGUGUCUUAUGUUCAAAAGGUUCAUGUAGAUGUGUAUGGUCACCGAGUAUCCAUUAUUAAAAAAGAACCAUCUCGUGUACUGGUUGAUGGAGUCUGGCAAAAGCUUUCUGUGUCUCUGGCUGAUGGUGCACUCCUUGUCAGGCAGAGUGGAAGAUACGUUCAACUGGAGACAGAUUUUGGAUUAUCAGUUUCUUACGAUACUGAUCAUUCUGUGGAAGUGAAGGUUCCAAGCACCUACUUUAACCUGACCUGUGGCAUGUGUGGCAAUUUUAACAACCUGAGGAAAGAUGACUUCAUGAUGCCAAAUGGAACCCAAGCAAAGAAUUCCAAUGACUUAGGAAACAGCUGGAAAGUGAACAAUAAUGACACAGACUGUCAGGACCCUGGGAAACCGCCAGCAUGUCCCGAACAAAGCAAAAACCUUUAUGAGGGAAACGAUUACUGUGGAAUAAUAACAAAAGCAGACGGGCACUUUGCAGUAUGUCAUUCUGUGGUAAAUCCUAGCAGCUUCUUUGACAGCUGUGUCUUUGACCUUUGUGCUUUGAAUGGAGACAGACAAAGACUAUGCAAUGCUCUGGAGACCUAUGCUCAUGCCUGCCAAAGUGCUGGAGUAUCCAUUCCACCUUGGAGGAAUGAAACAUUUUGCCCUCUUAAGUGUCCCUCUAAUAGUCACUACAAUGUAUGCGGCAGUGCAUGUCCAGCUACCUGCACAGAUAUGUCAGCACCAAACAACUGUAGCAAACCAUGCGUUGAAGGAUGCCACUGCGAUCAUGAGUUUGUCCUCAGUGGUCAAACAUGCGUUUCUGUUCAUGACUGUGGAUGUGUGCAUAAUGGAAAAUAUCAUGAGAAAGGACAUACAUUCUGGGAAGAGAACUGUGAACACAAGUGCACCUGCUAUGGAAAUAAUCAUUUAAACUGCACUGCAGCAAAGUGUGAAUCAAAUGAAAUAUGCAAAGUGCAGAAUGGCGAAUGGGGAUGUCAUGUGGCAAACGCUGCUAUGUGCCACAUCUAUGGUGAUCCGCAUUAUAUAACCUUUGAUGGAAAACUGUAUCAUUUUCAAGGGGCCUGUAACUAUUCUGUGACCCAAACUUGUAGGAAUUCUGCUGUCAACUUCUCUGUUACAUCUCGAAAUGAACACAGAGGAAGUCCAAAAUGGUCAGCACUAAAUUCUGUGGCCUUUACUAUCAGCGGUCUCCACAUCAUCUUGAAAAAGAAUAAUAAAGUCUCUGUAAAUGGUGUUAAUAUAUCUCUUCCAUACAACAAUGGACAUGGAAUACUGGUAUCCAAGGAUGGCCCAUAUCUUGUGCUACAGACUCAUUUUGGCCUCAAACUGAAGUAUAAUGGUGACCAUGAGCUUUUUGUGCACGUUAAUGAGAACUUCAAGGGACAAUUGUGUGGUCUGUGUGGCACAUACAAUGAUGACCAACUGGAUGACUUUACAAGGCCUGAUGGUGUGCUGGCUCUGGAUUCUAAUGAGUUUGGGAACAGCUGGCAGGUCACGGAUAAUGACUGGAUAUGUGACCCCCUUGCUCCAGAUUCACCAUCCUGCCUCCCAUCACAAGAACCUGAGGCCACCCUACAGUGCCAGAUUAUCAUGGCUAGUAAUGGACCUUUUGGUAGUUGCCACUGGUACAUUCCUCCUCAGCUCUACUUUGAGAGCUGUGUCUUUGACUUCUGUGCAACAAACGGAAGCUUGGAAUAUUUCUGCAGUGCUCUGGAAUCCUAUGCUACAGCCUGCGCAGCAGCCGGAGUGCAUGUCGGAGACUGGAAAAAGGAAACAUUCUGUGACAUUGAUGUAUGCUCCUUGGAAUGUGAUUUUGACAUUGAUUACUGUGGGUGGGCUCAGUCUUCAUCUGACAGCUUUGACUGGCUACGUUACAAAGGCCCAACACCUUCCUUAAAUACUGGACCACCAUAUGAUCACACAUCUGCAGAGGAAGAAGUAGAUGGAUACUAUGUUUAUAUCGAGGGUGAUUUCGCCAAGCCAGGGGAUGUAGCUCACCUGCUCAGUCCAAGCUGCCCUGCCUAUGGGCCUCAUUGUUUCCGCUUCUGGUACCACAUGUAUGGUGUUGCACAGAAUAUGGCUCUGAAAUUGUACUUAGUUCAGAAGGGCGUUCCAGUUCUAAUGUGGUCCCAAACUGGCAAUCAGGGAAAUAAAUGGCGUUUAGUAGAAGUUGAACUCCAACUUAGAGGCAGUUUUCAGAUUAUCAUUGAAGGUGUGAGAGGCAGUGAUUACCGCAGUGAUGUUGCAGUGGAUGAUAUAACAUUUAAAGCUGGAUGUUGUGCAGGUUGCACACCAGACAGCACAACUACACCAAAAACAACAACUUCAACAAUCACAACGACAACACCUGUAGGAGAAACAGAGGCCAUCUGCAGUGUGCACAGUGACCCCCACUACCAUACCUUUGAUGGACUGGCCCAUACCUACAUGGGAAACUGCAGCCAUCUACUAUCUACGAUCUGUGCCAACAGCACUCUACCUUACUAUGAAGUUGCAGCUGCAAAUGAAUUCAGAGGGGGAAAUACACAUGUGUCAUAUGUCAAAUCAGUUUCUAUUGAUGUCAACAGUUACAGCAUUGUACUAGACAAAGGCAAGGUGGUCAAGGAUGCCAGGUCUCAUAUGGAAAUACAGAAUAUGCCAGAAAAUCACAAACUGAAGAAAACCAAACCAGAACGCAGGAAAUGUGAAUGUUCCAGUGAGGUCAAUGGAAAAGUACAACAACUCCCAGUGACACUGAAAUCUGAUAUUAAUAUCACCUUUAGUGGACAAUAUGUGAUGGUUUCCACAGACUUUGGACUUCGGGUAAAGUAUGAUGGAAACCAUAGAGUUGAGGUUACCCUACCCAGCAAGUUUAAAGGCAAUGUAUUUGGUAUGUGUGGAAACUAUGAUGGAAACAAGACAGAUGACCUCCUUAAUUGCGAAGGAAAGAUGGAAAAAGAUUCAUUCACUUUGAGUAGUAGCUGGGACAUCUACAAUGUCACAAGCUGUUUUCCAGACACAGGCUACACUCCUAAUUGUACUGAAGCUGACAAACAAAAGAUUCAAAGCAACAGCUACUGUGGAAUUAUAACAGACACAAAUGGGCCAUUCAAACAGUGUCACUCUGUCAUUGACCCAAAGGAUUACUUCAAUGACUGUGCCUAUGACCUGUGUGCACUUAACAUGGACACUGGUGCUCUCUGCAGUAACCUACAGGCAUAUGCUGAUGCUUGUCAGUCAAAGGGAGUCACAAUUGAACCAUGGAGGAACCAAACCUUCUGCGGUUUCCUCUGUAAGCCAAAGAGUCACUACAAACAGUGUGGUCCUGCCUGUCCAGCUACCUGUGCAAAUCCAAAUGCCCCAUCAUCCUGCAGUCUGCCUUGUGUUGAAGGUUGUAUAUGUGACAGCGGAUAUAUGCUCUACCAUGAUCAAUGUGUACCCAGCACUCAGUGUGGUUGUUGGCAGGAUGGAAAGCAUUACCCAGUGGGAUCAGAGUUCUGGACUGAUGACAGCUGCUCCACCAAGUGUCGCUGCCCUUCUGCAGGUAGUAAGCUGGAGUGUUCCACUGCCUCCUGUCCAAAGGACCAUUACUGUGGCAUAGAAAAUGGAGUUCCUGGAUGUUACCCAUUCACAUACGGAAUAUGCAGAGUCUGGGGCGAUCCGCAUUAUAGUACAUUUGACAAGGAGACUCACCACUUCAUGGGUAUCUGCACAUACACUUGGGCCAAACUCUGUACAAAUGCCACCUCACUACCGUACUUCAACGUGGAAGCUAAAAAUGAGCACAGAGGAAAUCCUUCAGUCUCUUAUAUUCAAAAGAUCCAUGUGGAUGUCUAUGGACAUAGGGUUACAAUGGUUAAAAAUCAGAGAACUUUAUUACAUUUAGGGAGUUACAUGGUUGACAACAUCUGGAGAACGCUUCCUGUAACACUUGUAGGAGGUGCAGUCACUGUUAAGAGAAGUGGAAGCUAUGUGCUGCUAGAAACAGACUUCCUGCUCUCAGUUUAUUAUGAUUCUGACCACACAGCAGACGUGAAAGUGCCCAGCACAUACUUUAAUCAGACUUGUGGAAUAUGUGGAAACUACAACAACCUGAGAGCUGAUGAUUUCAUGAAACCUGAUGGAUCCCAAGCAGCAGAUUCUACAGAGCUAGGAAACAGCUGGAAAGUGUCAGAUGGUGAUCCUAACUGUAAGGAUCCACCCCCACCAAAACUAUGUCCACCAGACGUUGAAGACAAGUAUGAGAGCAGCAGCUAUUGUGGUCUGAUAACUAGCAAAGAGGGUCCAUUUGCAAACUGCCUACAUGUGGUCGGACCAGACAGCUUCUUUGAGAGCUGUGUCUUUGAUCUUUGUGCACUAAAUGGAAGCCAAACAGCUCUGUGUGAUUCAUUACAAAGUUAUGCAGAUGCUUGUCAAAAGGCUGGAGUGAUUGUUCCUCCCUGGAGAAACUCCACAUUCUGUUCAAAGCCAUGCACAAUGCCUAAUAGUCAUUAUGAACCCUGUUCAAGUGCCUGUCCUGCAACAUGCCUGGAUCAGUUUGCACCACAUAACUGCAGUAAGCCCUGUGUAGAGGCUUGUGAGUGUGACAGUGGAUUUGUACUUAGUGGAAACACGUGUGUUAAUGUCGCUGACUGCGGCUGCUGGUACCAGGGCAAAUAUUACGAGAAACAUGAGGAUACCAUGACAGAAAACUGUGAACAACAAUGCCAGUGCUCGGGAAACAACGAUAUGAAUUGUACACCUACAUCAUGUGAGCCGGAUAAAAUCUGUAAAGUAGAAGAUGGUACUCUUGGCUGCUUCGUUCCAGACACUGUUGUUUGCCACAUCUACGGGGAUCCUCACUACAUCACAUUUGAUGGAAAGCUGUACCACUUCCAAGGAUCUUGUAAUUAUACAGUAACUGAGACAUGUGGGAACACUUCGGACCAUUUCACUGUUACUACUAGAAAUGAACACCGAGGUAAUCCCACCUGGACAGCAAUCAACUCAGUGGCACUGACAGUGAAUGGUGUACAUAUUGCACUAAGAAAGAACAGGAUCGUUUAUGUGAAUGACAUUUUAGUGACCCUGCCUACAUCACCCAUACCUGAUGUAACCAUCUCCCUCAGUGGGGCCUACGUUCUGGUUCAGACCAGCUUUGGACUCCACCUACGGUUUAGUGGUGAUCAUGAGCUCCUAGUGAAUGUGACAGAGAGGUACAAAGGAGAGCUGUGUGGUCUGUGUGGCACAUACACCGGGAAACAGCAAGAUGACUUUAUGAGACCUGAUGGAGCCGUGGUGCAGGACGUUAAUGACUUUGGGAUGAGUUGGAUGGUGAAGGACAAUGAAUGGAAUUGUUCAGCAGAUCCUCCCCCACCACCAGAACCUUGUCCUCCAUCUUUGGAACAGGCAGCUGCAGAACACUGCAAGAUUGUCUUGGACAGUAACGGGCCUUUUGCUGAAUGCCACUGGCACAUCCCUCCCCAGCUGUACUUUGACAGCUGUGUGUAUGACCAGUGUGCCACAAAUGGAAGCUCAGAACAGCUCUGUAAUGCCCUAGAAUCAUAUGUUGCAGCAUGUGAGGAAGCUGGUGUUGAUCUGGGAGACUGGAGGAAGGACACAGUGUGUGAUACCGAUAUAUGCCAUUUGGGGUGUGACUUUGACACAGAUUUCUGUGAAUGGGAACAGUCAACAACAGAUAGCUUUGAUUGGCAGCGUAACAGAGGGCCGACACCUUCUCUAAAUACUGGUCCACCAUAUGACCACACUUCUGCAGAUGGAUACUACAUUUACAUCGAGGGUGACCUCGCCAAGCCAGGGGAUGUAGCUCACCUGCUCAGUCCAAGCUGCCCUGCCUAUGGGCCUCACUGUUUCCGCUUCUGGUAUCACAUGUAUGGAGUUGCACAGAAUAUGGCCCUGAAAGUGUACUUAGUUGAGAAAGGAUCUCCAUUUCUAAAAUGGGUCCAAACUGGUAAUCAGGGAAAUAAAUGGCGUCCAGUAGAAGUUGACCUCCAACUCAAAGGCAAUUUUCAGAUUAUUAUUGAAGGUGUGAGAGGCAGUGAUUACCGCAGUGAUGUCGCAGUGGAUGAUGUAACAUUUAAUGCUGGAUGCUGUUCAGGCUGUGAUCAUACUACAACAAGCAGCACAACGACUACUCAGAGUAUAACUUCUGGACCUCCAGUAGAGAAAGCAUCUACCUGCAGUGUGCACAGUGACCCCCAUUAUCGUACCUUUGACGGACAGCCCCAUACCUUCAUGGGAACCUGCACCUACACAUUAUCCAAACUCUGUGAUGUCAACAGCUCUCUGCCUUACUUUAAUGUCGAAGCUGCUAAUGAAAACAGAGGGGGUAAUACCCAUGUAUCGUAUGUCAAGUCUGUCACUGUCGAUGUCUACAGCUACAGAAUUAUACUGGAGAAAAGCAAGGUGGUAAAGGUCAAUGGACAAGUUCAGCUCUUCCCACUGACACUGAGUCCAGGAGUUAACAUCAUUAUUAGUGGGCAAUAUGUGAUGCUUACUUCAGAUUUUGGACUGAGAGUGAAAUAUGAUGGAAACCACAGAGCUGAGAUUACCCUACCCAGUAAGUUUGAAGGUCACGUGUGUGGUAUAUGUGGAAACUACAAUGGAAACAAGGCAGAUGACUUCCUGAAUCCAGAUGGAGGGAUGGAAAAGGAUUCAAACAGCUUGGGCAACAGCUGGCAGGUCUACAAUGACACAAGUUGUACACCAGGCCAUGAUUAUAACCCUAACUGCACUGAAGCUGAGAAACAAAAGAUUGAGAGCAACAGUUACUGUGGAAUUAUUACAGAUACAAAUGGGCCCUUCAAACAGUGUCACUCUGUCAUUGACCCAAAGGAUUACUUCGACGACUGUGCCUAUGACCUGUGUGAACUUAACAUGGACAGUGGUGCCCUCUGUAGCAACCUUCAGGCAUAUGCUGAUGCUUGUCAAUCAAAAGGGGUCAUAAUCCAUCCAUGGAGGAACCAAACCUUCUGCCCUUUGCCAUGUAAACCAAACAGUCAUUAUGAACAUUGUGGUCAUGCCUGUCCAGCUACCUGUGCAAAUCCAAAUUCCCCAUCAUCCUGCAGUCUGCCUUGUGUCGAAGGUUGUAUAUGUAACAGCGGAUAUAUGCUCUACCAUGACCAAUGUGUACCCAGCACUCAGUGUGGUUGUUGGCAGGAUGGAAAGCAUUACCCAGUGGGAUCAGAGUUCUGGACUGAUGACAGCUGCUCAACCAAGUGUCGCUGCCCUUCUGCAGGUAGUAAGCUGGAAUGUUUCCCUGCCUCCUGUCCAACAGGCCAUUACUGUGGCAUAAAAAAUGGAGUUCCUGGAUGUUAUCCAUUCACAUACGGGAUAUGCAGAGUCUGGGGCGAUCCGCAUUAUAGUACAUUUGACAAGGAGACUCACCACUUCAUGGGUAUCUGCACAUACACUUGGGCCAAACUCUGUACAAAUGCUACUUCACUACCGUACUUCAAUGUGGAAGCUAAAAAUGAGCACAGAGGAAAUCCUUCAGUGUCUUACAUUCAAAAGAUCCAUGUGGAUGUCUAUGGACAUCGGGUUACAAUGGUUAAGCGAGAAACUAGUAGAGUUUUGGUUGACAACACCUGGAGAACGCUUCCUGUAACACUUGUAGGAGGUGCAGUCACUGUUAAAAGAAGUGGAAACUAUGUGCUGCUAGAAACAGACUUCCUGCUCUCAGUUUAUUAUGAUUCUGACCACACAGCUGAAGUGAAAGUGCCCAGCACAUACUUUAAUCAGACUUGUGGAAUAUGUGGAAACUACAACAAGCUGAGAGCUGAUGAUUUCAUGAAACCUGAUGGAUCCCAAGCAGCAAAUUCUACAGACCUAGGAAACAGCUGGAAAGUGUCAGAUGGUGAUCCUAACUGUAAGGAUCCAGAACCACCAGAACCAUGUCUACCAGAAGUUGAAGACAAGUAUGAGAGUAGCAGCUAUUGUGGUCUGAUAACUAGCAAAGAGGGUCCAUUUGCAAACUGCCUACAUGUGGUCAGUCCAAACAGCUUCUUUGAGAGCUGUGUCUUUGAUCUUUGUGCACUAAAUGGAAGCCAAGAUACUCUGUGUGAUUCAUUACAAAGUUAUGCAGAUGCUUGUCAAAAGGCUGGAGUGAUCAUUCCUCCCUGGAAAAACUCCACAUUUUGUCCAAAGCCAUGUCCAGAUAAUAGUCAUUAUGAACCCUGUUCAAGUGCCUGUCCUGCAACAUGCCUGGAUCAGUUUGCACCACAUAACUGCAGUAAGCCUUGUGUAGAGGCUUGUGAGUGUGACACUGGAUUUGUACUUAGUGGAAGCACUUGUGUUAAUGUCGCUGACUGCGGCUGCUGGUACCAGGGCAAAUAUUACGAGAAACAUGAGGAUACCAUGACAGAAAACUGUGAACAACAAUGCCAGUGCUCGGGAAACAACGAUAUGAAUUGUACACCUACAUCAUGUGAACCGGAUAAAAUCUGUAAAGUAGAAGAUGGUACACUUGGCUGCUUCGUUCCAGACACUGUUGUUUGCCACAUCUACGGGGAUCCUCACUACAUCACAUUUGAUGGAAAGCUGUACCACUUCCAAGGAUCUUGUAAUUAUACAGUAACUGAGACAUGUGGGAACACUUCGGACCAUUUCACUGUUACUACUAGAAAUGAACACCGAGGUAAUCCCACCUGGACAGCAAUCAACUCAGUGGCACUGACAGUGAAUGGUGUACAUAUUGCACUAAGGAAGAACAGGAUAGUUUAUGUGAAUGACAUUUUAGUGACCCUGCCUACAUCACCCAUACCUGAUGUAACCAUCUCCCUCAGUGGGGCCUACGUUCUGGUUCAGACCAGCUUUGGCCUCCGCCUACAGUUUAGUGGUGAUCAUGAGCUCCUAGUGAAUGUGACAGAGAGGUACAAAGGAAAGCUGUGUGGUCUGUGUGGCACAUACACCGGGAAACAGCAAGAUGACUUUAUGAGACCUGAUGGAGUCGUGGUGCAGGAUGUUAAUGACUUUGGGAUGAGCUGGAUGGUGAAGGACAAUGAAUGGGAAUGUUCAGCAAUCCCUCCUCUACCACCAGAUCCUUGUCAUCCCUCUCUGGAACAGGCAGCUGAAGAACACUGCAGGAUUGUCUUGGACAGUAAUGGGCCUUUUGUUAACUGCCACUGGCACAUCCCUCCCCAGCUGUACUUUGACAGCUGUGUAUAUGACCAGUGUGCCACAAAUGGAAGCUCAGAACAGCUCUGUAAUGCCCUAGAAUCAUAUGCUGCAGCAUGUGAGGAAGCUGGUGUUGAUCUGGGAGACUGGAGGAAGGACACAGUGUGUGACCCAGAUAUAUGCCAUUUGGGGUGCGACUUUGACACAGAUUUCUGUGAAUGGGAACAGUCAACAACAGAUAGCUUUGACUGGCAGCGUAACAGUGGGCCGACACCUUCUCUAAAUACUGGUCCACCAUAUGACCACACAUCUGCAGAUGGAUAUUACAUUUACAUCGAGGGUGACCUCGCCAAGCCAGGGGAUGUAGCUCACCUGCUCAGUCCAAGCUGCCCUGCCUAUGGGCCUCACUGUUUCCGCUUCUGGUAUCACAUGUACGGAGUUGCACAGAAUAUGGCCCUGAAAGUGUACUUAGUUGAGAAAGGAGCUGCAUUUCUAAAAUGGGUCCAAACUGGUAAUCAGGGAAAUAAAUGGCGUCCAGUAGAAGUUGACCUCCAACUCAAAGGCAAUUUUCAGAUUAUUAUUGAAGGUGUGAGGGGCAGUGAUUACCGCAGUGAUGUCGCGGUGGAUGAUGUAACAUUCAGUGCUGGAUGCUGUUCAGGCUGCAUUGCUACUACAACAAGCAGCAUUACAACUACAACAACAACAACAACUCAGACAACUACUCAGAGAACAGCUUCUCCACCACCAUUGGAAUCUAUCUGCAGUGUUCACAGUGACCCCCAUUAUCAUACAUUUGACGGACAGCCCCAUACCUUCAUGGGAACAUGCACCUACACAUUAUCCAAGCUUUGUGAUGUCAUCAGCACUCUGCCUUACUUUAAUGUCGAAGCUGCUAAUGAACACAGAGGGGGUAAUACCCAUGUAUCGUAUGUCAAGUCUGUCACUGUCGAUGUCUACAGCCAUAGAAUUAUACUGGAGAAAAACAAGGUGGUCAAGAUCAAUGGACAAGUUCAACUCCUCCCACUGACACUGAGUCCAGGAGUUAACAUCAUCAUUAGUGGACAGUAUGUAAUGCUUACUUCAGAUUUUGGACUGAGAGUGAAAUAUGAUGGAAACCAGAGAGCUGAGAUUACCCUACCCAGUAAGUUUGAAGGUCACGUGUGUGGUAUAUGUGGAAACUACAAUGGAAACAAGGCAGAUGACUUCCUGAAUCCAGAUGGAGGGAUGGAAGAGGAUUCAAACAGCUUGGGCAACAGCUGGCAGGUCUACAAUGACACAAGUUGUACACCAGGCCAUGAUUAUAACCCUAACUGCACUGAAGCUGAGAAACAAAAGAUUGAGAGCAACAGUUACUGUGGAAUUAUUACAGAUACAAAUGGGCCCUUCAAACAGUGUCACUCUGUCAUUGACCCAAAGGAUUACUUCGACGACUGUGCCUAUGACCUGUGUGAACUUAACAUGGACAGUGGUGCCCUCUGUAGCAACCUUCAGGCAUAUGCUGAUGCUUGUCAAUCAAAGGGGGUCACAAUCGAAACAUGGAGGAACCAAACCUUCUGCCCUUUGCCAUGUAAACCAAACAGUCACUACGAACAGUGUGGUUCUGCCUGUCCAGCUACAUGCAUGAAUCCCAAUGCCCCAUCCACCUGCAGUCUACCUUGUGUUGAAAGCUGUGUAUGUGACAGUGGAUAUAUGCUCUACCAUGACCGAUGUGUACCCAACACUCAGUGUGGUUGUUGGGAGGAUGGAAAGCACUAUCCAGUGGGAUCAGAGUUCUGGACUGAUGACAGCUGCUCAACCAAAUGUAGCUGUCCUUCAAGAGGAGGUCAACUAGCAUGUGUAAAUGCUUCCUGUCCAAAGGAUCACUACUGUGGCAUCAACAAUGGAGUUCCUGGAUGUUACCCAUUCACAUAUGGAAUAUGUAGAGUCUGGGGUGAUCCGCACUAUAGUACAUUUGACAAAGAGACUCACCACUUCAUGGGCAACUGCACAUACACUUGGGCCAAGCUUUGCACAAAUGCCACCUCACUACCAUACUUCAAUGUGGAAGCUAAAAAUGAACAUAGAGGAAAUCCUUCAGUGUCAUACAUUCAGAAGAUCCAUGUAGAUGUCUAUGGGCACAGGGUUACCAUGGUUAAGAAAGAGGCCAGCAGAGUUUUGAUUGACGACAUCUGGACAAACCUUCCUGCGUCACUUGUAAAAGGUGCAGUCACUGUUGAUAGAAGUGGAAGCUAUGUGCUGCUAGAAACAGACUUCCUGCUCUCAGUUUAUUAUGAUUCUGACCACACAGCUGAAGUGAAAGUGCCCAGCACAUACUUUAAUCAGACUUGUGGAAUAUGUGGAAACUACAACAACCUGAGAGCUGAUGAUUUCAUGAAACCUGAUGGAUCCCAAGCAGCAGAUUCUACAGAGCUAGGAAACAGCUGGAUAGUGUCAGAUGGUGAUCCUAACUGUAGGGUUCCAAAACCACCAAAACCAUGUCUACCAGAAGAUGAAGACAAGUAUGAGAGCAGCAGCUAUUGUGGUCUGAUAACUAGCAAAGAGGGUCCAUUUGCAAACUGCCUACAUGUGGUCAGUCCAAACAGCUUCUUUGACAGCUGUGUCUUUGAUCUUUGUGCACUAAAUGGAAGCCAAGAUGCUCUGUGUGAUUCAUUACAAAGUUAUGCAGUUGCUUGUCAAAAGGCUGGAGUGAUCAUUCCUCCCUGGAGAAACUCCACAUUUUGUCCAAAGCCAUGCACAAUGCCUAAUAGUCAUUAUGAACCCUGUUCAAGUGCCUGUCCUGCAACAUGCCUGGAUCAGUUUGCACCACUUAACUGCAGUAAGCCCUGUGUAGAGGCUUGUGAGUGUGACAGUGGAUUUGUACUUAGUGGAAGCACUUGUGUUAAUGUCGCUGACUGCGGCUGCUGGUACCAGGGCAAAUACUAUGAGAAAAAUGAAAUCACCAUGACUGAAAACUGUGAACAACAAUGCAAGUGCCUGGGAAACAACGAUAUGCAUUGCACACCUACAUCAUGUGAACCAGAUAAAAUCUGUAAAGUAAAAGAUGGUGUUCUUGACUGCGUCGUUCCAGACACUGCUGUUUGCGAUAUCUACGGGGAUCCCCAUUACAUCACAUUUGAUGGAAAGUUGUACCACUUUCAAGGAUCAUGUAAUUAUACAGUAACUGAGACAUGUGGGAACACAUCUAACUAUUUCACUAUUACUACUAGAAAUGAGCACCGAGGUAAUCCCUCGUGGACAGCAAUCAACUCAGUGGCACUUAAUGUGAAUGGUGUACAUAUUGUACUAAGGAAGAAUAAGAUAGUCUAUGUGAAUGGCAUUCCAGUGACCCUGCCUACAUCACCAAUGCCUGGAGUAGCUAUCUCUCUCAAUGGGGCCUACGUCCUAGUUCAGACCAACUUUGGUCUCCAUCUAAAGUUCAAUGGUGACCAAAAGCUCCUUGUGAAUGUAACAGAGAGGUACAAAGGACAGCUGUGUGGUCUGUGUGGAACAUACAAUGGGGACCAGAAAGAUGAUUUUAUGAGACCUGAUGGAGGUGUGGUGCAGGACGUUAACGUGUUUGGGAUGAGUUGGGUGGUACAAGAUGACGGAUGGAAGUGUUCAGAAGAUCCUCCCCUACCACCAAAACCUUGUCCUCCAUUUUUGGAACAGGCAGCUACAGAACAUUGUAGAAUUGUCUCGGAUAGUAAUGGGCCUUUCGCUAAAUGCCACGGCCAUAUCUCUCCAGAGCUUUACUUUGUUAGCUGUGUGUAUGACCAGUGUGCCACAAAUGGAAGCUCAGAACAACUCUGUAAUGCCCUAGAAUCAUAUGCUGCAACAUGUGAGGAAGCCGGUGUUGAUUUGGGAGACUGGAGGAAGGACACAGUGUGUGAUAUUUUGACUUCAACAAAAGUUCCAUCUAGCUUACAGAGUACAACUAUACCAGCUAUCAUUACCAGUGAAACUGGAAAAAUCACAACUACGCCAGAUAUUGCAGUAACUUCAGAUGACAAUAUUAUAAACACACCACACAUUACAUCAGUCACUCUUCAAACAUCGACACAUGCUGAAUCAUCAUCAACAUCAUCACCAUCUGUAGAAACAAAGACAACAACAGAAGCACCAGUGACAGAUAUUUUUACAUCUGGAACAUCUCCAUCCACCUCACCAAGUACAAGUAUACCACCUAUCAUUACUAGUGGGAUUGGAAAAACCACAGCCAUGCCAGAUAUUGAGACAACUUCAGUUGACAAUGUUAUAAACACACCACACAUUACAUCAGUCACUCUUCAAACAUCGACACAUGCUGCAUCACCGUCAACAUCAUCACCAUCUGGAGAAACAAAGACAACAACAAAAGCACCAGUGACAGACAUUUUUACAUCUGCAACAUCUCCAUCCACCUCACCAAGUACAAGUAUACCACCUGUCAUUACUAGCGGGAUAGGAAAAACCACAGCCAAGCCAGAUAUUGAAACAACUUCCGCUGACAAUGUUAUAAAUACACCACACAUUACAUCAGUCACUCUUCAAACAUCGACACAUGCUGCAUCACCGUCAACAUCAUCACCAUCUGGAGAAACAAAGACAACAACAAAAGCACCAGUGACAGAUAUUUUUACAUCUGCAACAUCUCCAUCCACCUCACCAAGUACAAGUAUACCACCUAUCAUUACUAGUGGGAUUGGAAAAACCACAGCCAAGCCAGAUAUUGAGACAACUUCAGCUGACAAUAUUAUAAACACACCACACAUUACAUUGGUCACUCUUCAAACAUCGACACAUGCUCCAUCACCGUCAACAUCACCAUCUGGAGAAACAAAGACAACAACAAAAGCACCAGUGACAGAUAUUUUUACAUCUGCAACAUCUCCAUCCACCUCAUCAAGUACAAGUAUACCACCUAUCAUUACUAGUGGGAUUGGAAAAACCACAGCCAAGCCAGAUAUUGAGACAACUUCAGCUGACAAUAUUAUAAACACACCACACAUUACAUUGGUCACUCUUCAAACAUCGACACAUGCUCCAUCACCGUCAACAUCACCAUCUGGAGAAACAAAGACAACAACAAAAGCACCAGUGACAGAUAUUUUUACAUCUGCAACAUCUCCAUCCACCUCACCAAGUACAAGUAUACCACCUAUCAUUACUAGUGGGAUUGGAAAAACCACAGCUAUGCCAGGUAUUGAGACAACUUCAGCUGACAAUAUUAUAAACACACCACACAUUACAUCAGUCACUCUUCAAACAUCGACACAUGCUGCAUCACCGUCAACAUCAUCACCAUCUGGAGAAACAAAGACAACAACAAAAGAACCUGUGACAGAUAUUUUUACAUCUGCAACAUCUCCAUCCACCUCACCAAGUACAAGUAUACCACCUAUCAUUACUAGUGGGAUUGGAAAAACCACAGCUAUGCCAGAUAUUGAGACAACUUCAGCUGACAAUAUUAUAAACACACCACACAUUACAUCAGUCACUCUUCAAACAUCGACACAUGCUGCAUCACCAUCAGCAUCAUCACAAUCUGGAGAAACAAAGACAACAACAAAAGCACCAGUGACAGAUAUUUUUACAUCUGCAACAUCUCCAUCCAUCUCACCAAGUACAAGUAUACCACCUAUCAUUACUAGUGGGAUUGGAAAAACCACAGCCAAGCCAGAUAUUGAGACAACUUCAGCUGACAAUGUUAUAAACACACCACACAUUACAUCAGUCACUCUUCAAACAUCGACACAUGCUGCAUCACCAUCAACAUCAUCACAAUCUGGAGAAACAAAGACAACAACAAAAGCACCAGUGACAGAUCAUCAUGUAUGCACUGCAUCUGGUGACCCUCAUUACAACACAUUUGAUGGCAGAGUUCAUCACUUCAUGGGAAACUGCACUUAUGUUCUCACUAAGCUCUGCAAUGAGUCAUCUGGGCUUCCACUAUUUGAAGUGACCACCACCAAUGAGCACAGAGGGUCAAAUACCAAAGUCUCCUAUGUAAAUUCAGUACAUGUGAAUGUGUAUGGCAACAGCAUCUCUCUGCUGAAGAACAAGAAAGUUAAUGUAAAUGGAAAGAGAGUUAAUCCACCCUAUUCAAUCAAAGACCAAAUUAAGGUCUAUUUCAGUGGCAAUUACCUUUAUCUGGAAACUGACUUCAGACUGGUGGUGAGAUUUGAUGGAAACCACUAUGUGGAUGUUUCUGUUUCACGAAACUUUAAUGGGUUGCUCUGUGGAAUGUGUGGAAACUCUAAUGGAAAUCCCAAAGAUGACAUCAUCAAGCCAGAUGGCACCUUUGCAGCCAAUUCUAAUGAGCUUGGAGAGAGCUGGACUGUGAACAGUACUGACAAGAUCUGCAGUAAUGGUGAGGAUACAAAUAUAUGUAAUCCUCCAGUAGGAAGUGAAGCCGUGAAAAAUACAAACUGUGGAAUGAUCAAGGACCCUACAGGUGUUUUCAAGGAUUGCCAUGCUGUGAUUCCUCCAGAGAAUUUCUUUGAAAAUUGUGUUAUUGACUUUUGUGCCUCAAGUGGAGAUAGUGUUUCACUCUGCUAUGCUCUGCAGUCGUAUGCUAGCAUGUGCGCAGAAGCUGGAAUCUGUGUGGCAUGGAGAAACAGCACAUUCUGCCCUAUCUCCUGUCCUGCUGGCAGUCACUAUGAGAACUGUGCUACUGGAUGUCCUGCAACCUGUGCUAACACAUCUCCUCCCAGUUCCUGCAAUGCUUCACCUGCAGAGGGUUGCAUCUGUGAUGAUGGGUACAUUCUGAGUGGAAACAAGUGUGUCCAGCAGAGUGACUGUGGCUGUGUAGAUGGUGAUAAUAACUACUAUACGGUGGGAGAAAGCUGGUAUAGCUAUGAUAACUGCACUGAACGUUGCACUUGUAACAGCAACAACAAUAUCACGUGUCAGCAGUGGGAAUGUGGACUCCUGGAGUCAUGCAAAAUUCAAGAUGGAGUCCUUGGUUGCUACUCAGCAAGUAAAGCUUCCUGUCAUGUGGCCGGCGACCCUCAUUACUUCACCUUUGAUAAGGUGAUGCACACAUUUAUUGGCACGUGUACAUACGUCCUAGUGCAAGUCUGUGAUAAAAGUAAUGUCAUCGAUCUGAAAGUCAGUGGCAAAAAUGAGCAGCGGGGACUGCCAUUCUCAUCGUACCUCAAGGAAGUCUACAUUGAUGUCUACAACACACGAAUCACAAUACAAAGAAGCAAAGCACUUCUGCUCAACGGAGGAAGAGUUCAUACCCCAGUGGAAAACCAAAUACGAGGCAUAACAAUAAAUACAAAUGGAAUCUACACAAUAGUAGAGACAGACUUUGGAAUGAUGGUGAAAUUUGAUGGGAAUCAUCACCUGGAAAUCAGCCUUCCAGAUUCCUAUUUCUCAAAGGUAUGUGGAUUGUGUGGUAACUACAAUAUGAAAAAAGAUGAUGAGUUUCUGAUGCCCAGUGGUCAAAUGGCUAGCAAUGUCAGUCAGUUUGGAAACAGCUGGAAGAUACAAAGUGAAAGUGAGCCAAGCUGUCUGCCUGAUAACAGAGAAGAUUUUGGACCUCCGUGUGCAAGAGUUGAUGAGCAAGUGAUUAAGGCUCAGUGUAAUGUGUUGCUGUCUAAUGCCUUCGUACCUUGCCACUCUUUAGUAGACCCUGACCUCUUCAUCGAAAGCUGCGUCUAUGAUAUGUGUAAAUAUGAUGGGAAGCAGUCCACACUCUGUGACAUUGUUCAGGCUUACGUAGAUAUAUGUAAAAAUGAAGGAGUGACCAUACAUUGGAGGAACAGUACAUUCUGUGUAAUUAAAUACUGUGAACACGGCUCCAUAUGUGCUCUCAAAAACAAUGGAAAGUAUGCAUGCAAACCUACAGGAUUUGGAAAGUGUGCAAUCACAGGAGACCCACACUACCUAACCUUUGAUGGCCUAUCACAUCACUUCCAGGGCAAAUACACCUAUAUCACAGCUGCAAGUUUGACUGACAUCCCUAAUACACUGCAGGAGUUUAGCAUUCAGGGCAAGAAUGAACCAAUGCAGACCAACAACAAGAUCACAUACCUGAAGGAAAUCUCUACACAUGUAUAUGGUCAUGUUGUACAAUUCAAACAAAAGAAAAAUGUUGUGUUGGAUGGAGAGAAAAUAAAACCUCCCGCGCAGCCUCAUGAUGGACUUCGAAUCUUUCAGAAGGCAACAAGAGUGUACCUGGAGACUGACUUUGGUCUGUCUGUAAGCUUUGAUGGUUCAGAAAAUGCAGAUAUUACACUGCCUAACACAUACAAAGCAAAGGUCGGUGGUCUUUGUGGUAACUUUGAUGGAAAGUACAAGAAUGACUUUACCAAACCAGAUGGAACCCAGGUGAAAGACGUUAAUGACUUUGGUGAAAGUUGGAGAGUCCAGAAAUCUGGAACUCAAAGACGAAAACGAGCUGUCACUCCCCUUGAAGACUUCAACUCAGAAGAACUGAACACUGGAUUUGAAACAGCAUGCAGUUUGACUCAUAUGAACCUCAUAAAUGGCACCGAUUAUUGUGGAUCUCUCAUUAAUCCAAAAGGCCCAUUCCGAGCGUGUCAUAAUGUCUUUCCACCAGAUGCAUACUUAGAGAACUGCCUGUAUGACUUGUGUGCUGCGUUUGACAAUAUAGCUUUGCUUUGUACUAACCUGGAACAGUAUGCACUCACCUGUCAGUCAGAAGGAGUAACUCUGGAAAACUGGAGAAAGGGCACUAUAUGUGAGAUGACGUGCCCACUUAACAGCAAGUAUGACAUGUGUACAUCCGCCUGCCCUGCCACCUGCGGUGAUUUGACUGCCCCAUCAGAGUGUGACCUGCCAUGCCUUGAGGGAUGUGAAUGCCUCCCUGGAUAUGUUAUGAGUGGAUUUGACUGUGUCCCCUAUAAAGAAUGUGGAUGCAUGUACGAAAAUAAGUACUAUGAGGUUGGAGAACAUUUUAUUACAGAGGACUGUUCUCAGAGCUGUGUCUGCACAGAGAGCUCCAGCGUCUCAUGUGAGAAAAAUCAGUGUAAACUGGAAGAGCUAUGUGCAACAUCCAACUUUGUCCGUGGAUGCUACAGAGGUAAGUCCUACAUAAGGCACCCAAACACAUCUAUGAAAAAUAACAAAAGGAAUGCAUGA